CCCACUUUGGACACCCCGUGAAGCAAAGCCAUACGCUGCCAUAGCUAACUGUUAGCAUUAGCUAGCGAGCGGUAUUAUAAUUGCUAGCUGCAAGGAUGGAUGGCAGCGAGGGCAUGGAGGUGGAGGGCUGGGACCCCAGUCUGGAAGAAGAGCUGGGAAUUUCUCUGGAUGAGCUGAAGAAGUGGAUUGAAGAUGCUGUGGAAAAGAGUGAGAUUGUGCAGAAGAAAAAGGCUCAGCUGAUGGAGCUCACGGAAUAUGUGAAACAGAAAGAAGAGGAGGAAGCGAUGACCGAGACGCUCCUCAAAAACGCCAGCCAGUCCAUACUUGAAUGUGAAAAGCUGGUAAAGGAAACUUACCAAAAGAAUGGGCUUGUUUAUCGAGAGAGCAGCUCAGAGGAUGAAGGAGGUGGUGGAGGAGUUUUGUCUUCAGAGGUUAUUGAGAUAGACGACGAUGAUGAUGAUGACGUUAUUGCCGUUGGCUGUUUGGUUCCUCCAAAGAGACCAGUAGUUCCUGUCAAAGAUCAAGUGUUAAAAGAUGCUUCUGCAGCUCUACAGAAAAGCACUCAGCAGGUGCAAAAGUUAGUCCAAAUGGUCCACAAGCCAACACCGGGAGCUGCACUGAUUCGGUCCACAACACAACCUCCAGCCCAGUCAGGUAUUCAAGCUUCAAUGCCAGCAGUGAUUGUAUCCCAGGUUCCUUCCCAGACUAUGAUACAGCCAACUCCGAAACUGAAGGAAGAUGAGCUCAGAAUUGGGAUGAACAUUCUGGGAAAGAAACGUACCAAGACCUGGCAUAAAGGCACCCUUGUCGCCAUCAAUCCUGUUGGAAACAGUAUUUACAAGUAUAAAGUAAAGUUUGAUAAAGGCAAGAGUCUCCUCUCUGGAAAUCAUGUGGCUUUUGACUACAACCCCACCCUGGAAACACUGUAUGUUGGAGCUCGUGUAGUCGCCAAGUACAAGGAUGGCAACCUGGUGUGGCUUUAUGCUGGUAUAGUCGCAGAGAUGCCCAAUAACAAGAACCGUAUGAGAUUUCUAAUCUUCUUUGAUGAUGGAUAUGCCUCAUAUGUGACACUACCUGAGCUUUUCCCCAUCUGUCGACCAUUAAAACGGACUUGGGAGGACAUAGAGGAUGCAUCAUGUCGAGACUUCAUUGAGGAAUACAUCACUGCAUAUCCUAGCAGGCCCAUGGUGCUCCUAAAGGUUGGCCAAAUUAUCAAAACCGAGUGGGAGGGAACCUGGUGGAAGAGCAGAGUGGAGGAGGUGGAUGGAAGUUUGGUCAAGAUCCUGUUUUUGGAUGAUAAGAGGAGUGAGUGGAUCUACAGAGGCUCCACAAGGUUGGAGCCAAUGUUCAACCUGAAGAUGACCACUGCAAACACCCAGGAGAAGAAGCUGGCUGGCCAGCAGAGGACACGACCCAACAUGGGGGCACUAAGGAGUAAGGGCCCUGUGGUUCAGUACACCAGCGACGGACACGUUGGAGCAUCUCCUGUCAAAGCACCGCAGCCUUCAUCCAGUCAGCCUGUACAACAGACAGCACAAGUCCAACAGCCUCCACAACCCCAACCAGUCCAACAAACACCACCGUCCCCAUUGCCUCCCCGUGCUGACACUAAGCAUCAAAUGGCAAAGAAGAGCACUUCUCCAUUCAUUCCUGGGGUGGGAGGAACACAUGCCUCCAAAAUCAUGCAGUCUCUUUCCUCCAGUCCUAGUAACCUAGUAACUGGUAUAAGGUUGAUAAAUCCUCCAAAUAGUGUUAACUUCCAAACGUACCAGAGGCAGCUGCCCACUCUGGCUCCUGGCUCCCCUCCCAUGACCCACACUAUGUCCACCAUCCCACACCAGCCCUCAUACCGAGCCCCGACAGACCGUGUCUUCUACCUUUCACACACCUGUCAGCCAGCCUGCCUGAAUCGAGUCCGACCUGCAAAACCAGACAUUCACAGAGGAAAGAACCCCCUCCUUACACCUUUACUGUAUGACUUCAGACGCAUGACAGGACGACGCAAAGUCAAUCGCAAGAUGUCCUUCCAUGUGAUCUACAAAGCUCCAUGUGGACUUUGUUUGCGUAACAUGGCAGAGAUCCAGCAGUACCUUUUCCAGACGCACUGUGACUUUAUUUUCUUGGAGAUGUUCUGUCUAGACCCUUAUGUGCUUGUGGACAGGCCCUUCCAGCCUCAGAGGCAAUUUUAUUACAUAGCAGACAUCACUGGAGGGAAAGAAGACAUCCCUCUGUCCUGUGUCAAUGAGAUUGACUCCGCCCCACCUCCCAAAGUCGCCUACAGUAAAGAGAGAAUUCCUGAGGAUGGUGUAUUCAUCAACACCAGUGCUGACUUCCUGGUUGGAUGUGAUUGUACUGAUGGCUGUCGAGACAAGUCAAAGUGCUCUUGCCACCAGCUGACCCUACAGGCUACCGGCUGCACACCCGGGGCACAGAUCAACCCGAAUGCAGGAUAUUUGCACAAAAGACUAGAGGAGUGUUUGCCCACAGGGAUCUACGAGUGUAAUAAGCGGUGCAAAUGUUGUGCGCAAAUGUGCACCAACCGGCUGGUGCAGCAUGGCCUGCAGGUACGUCUUCAGCUCUUCAAGACGCAGAACAAAGGCUGGGGGAUCCGCUGUCUGGAUGAUGUGGCCAAGGGCUCUUUUGUCUGCAUUUAUGCUGGUAAAAUUUUGACGGAUGACUUUGCUGACAAAGAAGGUCUAGAAAUGGGCGACGAGUAUUUUGCUAAUCUUGACCAUAUAGAGAGUGUGGAGAACUUCAAAGAGGGCUAUGAGAGUGAGGCGCACUGUUCGGACAGCGAGGGCAGCGGUGUGGACAUGUCCAGGAUCAAAAUCCAGCCUUCUGCUUUAGUACGGCCCCCCAAGAAGGGCCAAAGUUCAAGCUCAUCAGGGGACAGCAAUGAUGAUGAUGACAAAGAGUCAAAGAGUGAAGAAGAAAGUGACAGCUCCGACGACACAUUUGUGAAGGAAAACUACUUCAGCUCCAGUUCUGUGUGGAGAAGUUACACAACCCGUGGUCAGGCUAAAGGCAACAAGGAAGGGAGUCAGGACAGUAAAGAUGGACUGAAUACGUCAGGCAAAGGAGCAGAAGAGGAGAAGCCACCAACGAUACCAGAGGAGACGGGGAAAAGCAAAGUGGCUUCAUGGCUUACCAGCCAGGGGCUGAAGAAGGAAUCUGGAGACAACAAGAGCCAAGUGAAGUCAGAUCCAGGAAAGAAGCAGGAUGUGAUGACUCUGUCUGACAGUGAUGAUGUUCAGACCAUCAGCUCUGGAUCUGAUGACAACAAGGAGAGAGAGAAAGUCACCCAAGCUGUGACUAAGAAACAGGUAGCAGUGAAAUCCACUCGAGGCAUCGCCCUGAAGACCAGCCAUGGCAUGAUGGUAAAAACAGGGGCAUCUGGAGCCGGAGGCGGACCGGGGGCUCAGGGAGGAAAACCAGGACAACAGGGGCAGUCGGGAGGAGGCAACGAGAAUGCUCCCAAAAACACCCGGCUGUUCUUUGAUGGAGAGGAGUCCUGCUACAUCAUCGAUGCCAAGCUGGAAGGCAACCUUGGACGUUACCUCAAUCACAGCUGUAGUCCAAACCUCUUUGUCCAGAAUGUGUUUGUGGAUACUCAUGACCUGCGGUUCCCCUGGGUGGCGUUCUUUGCCAGCAAACGGAUCCGGGCCGGCACCGAGCUGACCUGGGACUAUAACUAUGAGGUGGGCAGCGUGGAGGGCAAAGUGCUGCUCUGCUGCUGUGGCUCGACAGAAUGCAGAGGACGGCUGCUGUGAUCCAUCUCACUUAACUCCCUUUGCUGCAUCUGUAGCAACUUUAAGAGUCCUUUCAACACUGUAACCGUUAUUUUUUUUAGUUUACAUAGGAAUUUUAUUACAUUAAUUGUGUUGCCUUCAUUUUAUAUCAGUGUGUCUCCUUAUUUGUUUCAGUUUAUCCAUGAACAGUUUCUUUACAUCUGAAUAAAAGGACUUUUUCUUCAA